AUGCCCCAGCUCGUCUACGUCAACAUUUACGUUCAUCCUCAGACGCGCUACUUGACUGACACAGAUCUCCUCAAAACCAUCAAACACCAAACCGAUGCCACCAAGCUCGACCUUGAUCGUCACGUAUCUCUCAUAUCCAUGCAGGAAUCCAACACCAACUGCGUCGCCAUCCCUGUCAGAUUACGGCGCAGCGAGCAUCCAACCAAGCCAGAAAUUGUCGCCAAAGCCCGCGAAGUGGUCGACGAAUGGAUCGCCGAGUCUCCUAUAAAGGGCCUUCCAUUCAACCACCGCGAGCUGUACACUCGCGCCACCACGUUUGAGGCUCUCGAUAUCCAGCCGCUGGAGCAGUACGUGAACGUGCGUUUCGAAUACGCGCACAUCGUACUGGCUGACCUGGACCUACUCUUGCAAAUAAAACGGUGGGUUAGGAGAUUCCCCGUGGAUCUUGACGCCACCCCGACGCCACUAGAUAGGGUUUCUCCGCUUUGUCUCUCUAUCCGGGUAUUUACUUUCGGGCCUGUUCCUUGGACCGCGUGGUUGAUUCAAGACUGUGCCUGCAGCACGGUUGAUAGGUGGAUCGAGGAAUAUCCGCGCAAAGGGCUUCCGUUCGAUCGGAAGCGGCUUUUCAACCGGGCUUGA